AAGAAGUAUUUGACUGUUUCAGGCACUCUUACUCGCUCGCGUUUGGCUUUUUCUCGUUCUUACGUCAGAAGCUGUGAUUGGUUAAUCGGUGAUAAAGAUCAAUUGAUUAUAACAGUAAAUGACAGGUGCCAGUCGCACGACAGAUGACCUCCGCAACUAACCAAACAUCCGUUGACGUUAAUAAUAAAUAGGCAGAGUUUUCCAUCGACUCUCGGUCAGAGUUUCUCCACGAAAAAGUUCGGAGCGAUGCGAUGUUUCGAGUUGUACGGGCUUUGGGCCUCGCCAAGAUAGUAAUAUGUGUUUUCAUCACAGCGUGGCCCAAACAGACAUCAGUGGUCUUUGCCCAACGGCUCGAUAGCAAAGGAGAAAAAGUCUUCACCAACGAAUGGGCGAUACGGGUGGAGGGAGGCAUCGAGACCGCCAAACGAAUAGCCAGAUCUCAUGGAUUUGACAAAGUUGAACCGAUCGGUACCUUGGAGGGCUUUUAUCAUUUAGAACAUGCAGAAGAACCACAUCGCUCGAGACGAAGCGCAGAAGGGCGAACAGAAAGACUCAUGCAAGACCCUAAAGUGAUAUGGGCGGAACAACAACACGAGAAAAUCCGCGUCAAAAGGGGCCACUUUCACGACCGCAUGAUAGCGAGAGGCAUCGUGCCUCGCUUCACGGACCCACUGUGGGAUGCUCAGUGGUAUCUGGACGAUAAGCGAGCGGAUCAAGACUUGGAUGUACACGUUCUUCCUGUUUGGAAUCAAGGCAUUACUGGAAAGGGUGUUGUUGUUACAAUUCUUGACGAUGGUAUUGAACAUAACCACACGGAUCUCAUCAGAAACUACGAUCCUCAAGCUAGCUGGGAUGUUAAUGGUGAAGACGGUGAUCCGUUUCCACGUUAUGAUCCCACAAAUGAAAACAAACACGGUACCCGCUGUGCAGGAGAGGUUGCGGCUCAAGCAAACAAUACCAUAUGUGGAGUGGGUGUGGCAUACAAUGCUAAGAUAGGAGGUAACACAUUCUAUCAUUAGGCGUCUCUCGGUUGGUUACACAGUGCCCACGUGACCAGCAAGAGCGACG